GGUUCGUCUUUGAGCUAGACUCGUAUUUUGCAAAUACUCAUAGGUGGGAAAAUAUUUAUCACACAUACGCCAGAGCCAUUCAAGUUCGCAGUGUGAGUUGUUUCCACAAAAUUAAGUAUUUUCUAGAAGGUAUUACCCUUUAUAUAGAUUAGACUGCGCAUUGAGGAGUUCUAUAGCAGGUCCUUUGUGCCCGACGAUAUGUUUGUGCACUAUGAGAUUGUGAACUCUGAGGAAAUCAACGUUAACCUCACCGUUCAGGUUCCCUUUCCUGGCAAACUUCUCUUGCAUGCUUUUGGAAGAAAGCUCUCGAAUCAAGUGGGUGGACCUGACCAAAUGGACUUGGUGCGCUUAAGGAACUUGGAUCUCUGCAAGCUGCUCGACUCGCUACGUAAUAUCACCGUGGAUGAGGUCCAGGGCGAAAGUCUACUGCCCUCCACUUUCGUGGUCUCGUGUCCCCUGGUUCCUGGCUUCUACUUUGUGCAGAAUAGCGUCAUUGAUUCGAAACUGGCGCCCUUUCGCAUCCCUGAUGGCAGAUAUAUGGUUCUGUUGGAGCUGAUUCAGGUUUACGAGGAGGUUAUCAAGCUGAUUUCCUGCAGAAUCAAGUUCGUCAUGAAGACGCCUCCGGGCUAUGUGGAACCCUCGGUGUUUAAGGGCAGUGAGGAAAAGGAUGAAACCACUCAACAGCCAGCAGUGGAACAGGAGGGAUCAAGUUCGGAGGUUUCCCAGCCAAGCGAAGAUACCUCUGAAACAUCAACCGAUUACCAAUAA